GCGCCCCCGCGCCCCCGUCCCGGCGCCCGGACCCGCGGCUGCCGACGGCUCUCGGGCUUCGGCCCGCCUAAGUCUUGCCUGCCUGCCGCUCCUCCUGCUGCUGCUGCUGACGCUGCCGGCCCGCGUAGACUCGUCCUGGUGGAAAAAAGCCGGCAAGAUUGAUAUUCUGUACAACUCCUGGAAGAGAUGCUGUUGACUGUGUGUGUGUCCAUGUUCCACUCCGCAGCAGAAGGAGGAAAUGAUGGUCUCUUCAUAAUCUAUGACCAGCAGAACAAGAAACAGGGGGCUCCUGGCAUGUGCUCCCCUAUUCUAUCUUGCAUUCUGCAGGAGGCUGGAUAUAGGGAAUCACAAGAGCAGGACCUUGUUCAAGGAAUCACAAAGGGAAAGGAACAGACACCAGCAUCACUGUUACCAACAUUUAACAAGCCCUUACUAAGCUCCAGACACUAUGGCUAAAUACCUUAUCAGCAUCAUCUUCAAUCCACGGAAUAAUCCAGUGAUGGAGAUACUGUUUCCCCAUUUCACACAUGAAGAAAGUGAGGGAGAGGAGAGUGGUACAUCGGGGCACUGGGGGCCCGAGUGAUCUGUGACAAUAUCCCUGGUCUGGUGAGCCGGCAGCGGCAGCUGUGCCAGCGUUACCCAGACAUCAUGCGCUCGGUGGGUGAGGGUGCCCGAGAAUGGAUCCGAGAGUGUCAGCACCAGUUCCGCCACCACCGUUGGAACUGCACCACCGUGGACCGGGACCACACUGUGUUUGGCCGUGUCAUGCUCAGAAGUAGCCGGGAAGCAGCAUUUGUGUACGCCAUCUCAUCAGCAGGGGUGGUCCAUGCUAUUACUCGUGCCUGCAGCCAGGGUGAACUGAGUGUGUGCAGCUGUGACCCCUACACCCGUGGCCGACACCAUGACCAACGUGGGGACUUUGACUGGGGUGGCUGCAGUGAUAAUAUCCACUAUGGUGUUCGCUUUGCCAAGGCCUUUGUGGAUGCCAAGGAGAAGAGGCUUAAGGAUGCCCGAGCUCUCAUGAACUUACAUAACAACCGCUGUGGUCGCACGGCUGUGCGGCGGUUUCUGAAGCUGGAGUGUAAGUGCCAUGGCGUGAGUGGCUCCUGUACUCUGCGCACCUGCUGGCGUGCACUCUCAGACUUCCGCCGCACAGGUGAUUACCUACGGCGGCGCUAUGAUGGGGCUGUGCAGGUGACGGCUACCCAGGAUGGCGCUAACUUCACAGCAGCCCGCCAAGGCUAUCGCCGUGCCACCCGGACUGACCUUGUCUACUUUGACAACUCCCCAGACUACUGUGUCUUGGACAAGGCUGCAGGUUCCCUCGGAACUGCAGGCCGUGUCUGCAGCAAGACAUCUAAAGGGACAGAUGGCUGUGAAAUCAUGUGCUGUGGCCGAGGCUAUGACACAACUCGAGUCACCCGUGUCACCCAGUGUGAGUGCAAAUUCCACUGGUGCUGUGCUGUGCGGUGCAAGGAGUGCAGAAAUACUGUGGACAUCCAUACUUGCAAGGCCCCCAAGAAGGCAGAGUGGCUGGACCAGACCUGAACGUAUAAAUACCUCACUCAUCCCUCCACUUCAAACCUCCUGACUCAGAAGCACAAGAUCUUCGCAUGCACGCCUUCCUCCACCCUCAACCCUGGGCUGCUCUAGCUUCUAUUUAAGGACUUGGAGAGUAAUCAGAGGGACUCUAGUGUCCUGACUCUGAUUCCUUAGCCCUGGGAGGUUGACAGGGGAUGUAAGAAUCUGAGCAGCUCCCGGACUACCCCCUCUGGAGGUUAGAAGGGAGAGUGUAAGAGGUGUAGGGGUCUUCAGAGUGGUAUGAGUUGCACUAAAGCAUGUGGUCAAGGCUCAUUUUCCUGUCCCUUGCACUGGCUUCCUGACACUUAUUGUGUGUGCAAGAGGAAAGGUACCUGGAGAGAGCUGCUUUUUCUUCCUACCUGGCUGACGGUAGAUGAGACAUAGAUGAAACCACGUAUCUCCUCCCCGGGACAGUUUGAGCAUACUGCCUGGUACUGCCCCCUCCCCAACCCACCCCCCAACAAAAACAAAACAACAACAACAAAAAAACUUCUUAAGCUACGACCUUCUUUCAUUCUUGAGAGUUAGACAAGAGUUAACCAUAGUGGACGAGGUUCCAUUCAUAUGCUCAUAUGUUUAUAAACUGCUGUGUUUGUAGGGGAAAACAUUAUAUAACUAUACAAACAUACAUUUUCUUCCAAUCUGUACUUUCCAUCUAUAUCAGACAGCGCUGCCUUUUUUGCUCAUUUGUUGCUUGUUCAAAUUGAGUGGCAUGGAGUGGUACCCAUGCCUAACAGAUCAUUAGAAUACCCUGGGACAUCCCUGAGAAAGAAUAAUUUAGUAAAUCUGCCUAGGCCUUGGGAUUUUAUUUUUUAAAAUUUCCAUGCAUUAUUCUAGGUCAGCCAGGAUUCGGAAACACUGAGAAAGGUAAACAAUUCAUGGAGGGUGGGAGAGGGCACCAGUCCUGAUCUUAAGGGCCCAUAUGAGGCAUCAGUGUAUACUAGGCAGGUAGAAAUUUCUGACUCUGGUGAUUUUUAGGAGGGGAUCCUAGCCUUUGAAGCUGGGAGCAGAGACCACGGGCUACAGAAGAAGGAGAGCUAGGGCUUUGGGCCAAAGUGGUAAACAGCUUAGAAAGUAGCCUUUCCCCAUUUAUUCAACAAAUCUUUACUAGCUCUCCAAGUCCUGGUGAUUAUUGUUCACUCCAUGUUUAGCUUAAAUAAGGGAGCUCUUUCUUUGCUACUACCCGCUGCCUAACGAAGCCUGCAGUGGUGGAGUCUCCAGAGAGAGCAGACUCAGUAAGCUAGAGGGCAGGACACGGAGUCCCCAAAACUGUGAUGUCCUAUUUUUAUGUGACUUGGAACAGUGGUUAUCUCUUGCCUGUUGAUAUUUUUUAAAAGAGUGAUAUAGAAAUUUGCAGUUAUGACAGAUGUGGGUUGAAAUCACAGCUGUUUUUGAUAUUUUAAACAAAGUACCCAAAUUCUCUGA